AUGGACAACAAGAACUGCCUUGCUCCAGUUCGUUUCAACCAAGACGGAAGAUCUAGUAGCAUGGACAACAAGAACGUCACCGGCCGCGGCGGCGGCGUCGUCAAGGUGACCUACAUCGAGACGCAGUUCGUCACCUCCGACGUCGCCGGCUUCAAGGACCUCGUGCAGCGCCUCACCGGGAGGUCCGCUCCUCUGCCGCCGGCGCCGCACAGGCCUCUCCCGUGCCGACAUGUCGACGGCCGCCGGGGCUGGAGUAGGCCCGCUGCCGCCGGAGCUGGGCCGCAAGGCGCUUAUCAGUACCCUGUGGCGGCGGAGGUGCGCCCGGCCGUCAUCAGCAGCCGCACGCCGACGACGUACCUGGAGGAUAUGGGCCUGGACGACGUCAUCGGCAUGGGCGACUUCUCCGAUCUGUUCUAUGUCGGUGCUGCCAGUGAACGGAGUGACGGUGGUUACGGCGGUUUCCCGUAUUGA